AUGGCAUCUUUGUCAGUGGAAGCAGGUAUCAAGACCUGUAUAGAGCGACUUGGGUUCAGUGAAGUUAAGAAGGAGCAAGAAGAAGCAAUGAUAAAAUUUGUUACUGAAAGAGAUGUUUUUUUGUGCCUACCUACUGGUUUUGGCAAGAGUUUGUGCUACUAUAGCAUACCAAUUCUCUUUGAUGUCCGGGCUGGAAGGAGUUCACCAGGUCAUCAGGGAAUCAAAUUUCGUAAGGAGUAUGCUAAGUUAGGAGAACUUCGUGGUUUUUUUUCUCGUGUAUGCAUGAUGGCUCUUACAGCCACGGCUUCGACUUCAUCUCGGAAGGAGAUAAUUAAGUUACUUGGGAUGAAGAAACCACACUUGAUAAUAAGAUGUCCCAACAAACCUAACAUCAUUUAUUACGUGGAAGAAAAGACACAAGAUAUUGAAAUAGUUUUCAAACCCUUAGUUGAAGAAGUAAAAGUGAAAGGAACAAGAAUGGAUAAAGUGAUUAUCUUUUGUUGGACCUGUAAUGAUUGUUCUGCCAUAUACUACUACUUUAAGGAUUUAUUGAAGGAGAUUAUUACUGAUCCACAGGGCUAUCCAAAUGUACCAAAAUUUCUAAUUGUUGAUAUGUUUCCUGCUUGCAAUUCUGAUUUGGUGAAGAAUAAAAUUCUUUCAUCUUUUUCAUCUGCUACAGGUCGUUUAAGAAUUGUGUUAGCUACUGUAGCCUUUGGUAUGGGCAUUGACUGUCCUAACAUCAGGCAUGUUAUUCAUUGGAGUCCACCAUCAAAUUGUCAAUCUUACAUUCAAGAAACAGGCCGUGCUGGUAGAGAUGGAAUGACAGCUUAUGCCACACUCUUUUAUUCAAGAAAGGAUGUUUCUUUACCCAGAGCUCAAUCGUGA